CAACAAAAACCUGUCAUUGGCAGCGCUUGGUCGCAGAUUAGAAUCAACAAUUUGUUUUUAUGUUAUGGAGUCAAGGCGCUUUUACAGACGGUUCCAAGCACUGUCAAAUAUUGCUAAAAAAUCUCUUAAAUUCGGGGCAGUGGUAGCUGUUGGAGUGGUAGUGUACAAAAAAUGGCACAGUAGUAACAGUGUUCUACAUGCGUCAUGGACUACUAAUUAUGAACCAACCGUCAAAUGGGAUGCCAACUGGGACAGGCAAGAGAAGUCUCAAACUUGUGUAGCCGCUAAAAAUAAAAUAAAUAAUAAUAAUGAAAUAAACAAAUGAGGUGGGGGAAGGGGUGCACUAAUUUGUGGCAUGUGUGACAAGUGUCUGAUUUUUGUUACAAAGUUGUGAUUUUUUAUCAGGGGAGGGAGGAAUGGGGUAAAAUUGGCUAAGGCAAGGCUAAGGGGGUUGUUCGCAAAUUACAUCCAGCAAAAAAUGACCUUUUUAGACCCCACUCUCCCUCGUCACGAAGCGGCAAAAAUUCUCUCCGUCCCCCCCAAGUUUCACGUCACACCUAAAAGAAAAUCAAAACAUACAUACAAAUUUUCAUAACUACACUAAGACUUUAUUUUAUCGAAGUGGUUAUGCGCACCCGACUGCGUAUAACCCUGAGAGUUAUACGCAGUCGGCAAGUCACGUGACGUCUAUAUUCUUCCUGUGUUACAGUAUCAAUCAAUAAGGGGGCCUUGCUAUCGGGGUGACUGUGUGGUCGAAUGAUCUAAACUGACCAAACCUCAAGUUGAUGGUCUGGAGUUCAAUUCCAGCCAACCGCAAGCCAUGAAUACGCGUUAGUUGCUAUGCUUUUUCUCGAGAAUGAAGCAACAACUAGGCUUAUUGUUUUACUUUUUUUUUGGCUAAAAAAUUUUAAAACAUGAGAAGAAUUAUUAACUUGACCAAUGUAAUGUUAAUAAUGUUAUACUUAUAAUUAUCAAAUAUAUGUUUGUGUUGUUAACUAAUUUUGUGGCAGAUAAAAUCAUGUUUCUCUGCUACAGUAAUAAAAAUAAUCAUGGGUUGAGAGUAGCAGGAAAAAAAUCCCUGUAGGGGCAGGGGGUUCUGUAGAGGGGGGCACUGUAAGUAAUACUUUCACACAGUUAUAGUUUUGCAUGGAAGCUGAAAACUGUUACAUUUAGGUCAUCAAAAAAAAUCAUAAAUGAUAAAAUUUAAAAAAAGAUAAAUAGAAUGUAUUUCCUGAAUUAGUCAGUAAAACUAACCACAUAGUCAUAGCAACAUAUAAAAACCUAAUCAAUCAGAAUACAUAACUAGACUUAGACCAUGGAAAGGCCUUUAAAAAAAAUCUAAGACUAAGGCUUAGACUCUAAGAAAUGUAGACUUUGACUUAUACUUAGAAUUAUAAUAUAUAAGAUACAAGCAAUAAUACUAAUAAUAGCACUAAUACUAAUACUAAUACUAUUGCUAUCAUCAAUUUCAAUAUUAAUUAAAAUUAAUUCAAUUUUACGUUAAACACAUUCAAAGUUCUAGUUCAAAACAACCCACCAUGCAGCUCAUUACGCAUAAUACUUUUUUUUUAAUUGCCAAACUAGCGGUAAUAAACCUUAUUUGGCUAAAUUCCCAGCCGACUGCGUAUAACCCUGAGAGUUAAACGCAGUCGGCUGGGAAUAACCCUCAGGGUUAUGCGCAGUCGACUGCGUAUAACGCUUCCCUUAUUUUAUUCUUUAAAAUUUUCCCAUAAUGAUAAUGGAUUAAGAUGUAGUAUUAUUAGGAAUCUGUGACGCGAAACAACGAAGUCAUUCCAGCGCCGAAUGUUAAAUGGCCACAACAGUUUUUGCGCAGAAGGUGUGCGUGACUGAGGUUCACGUUACCUUUAAUACCUGAGACAAUUUCAACCUCAAACUAAUGUUUUUAAAAUUAAUUGCAUAAAGAUUUAUUAAAAUUAAAAAAAAAAUUUUUUUGACAUCACAAAUUUUUUGACCCCCCCCCCGUGUCACAAAGUGUCACUAAAUGAAUCAUACAUAUGGCAAGGAUUGCCUUUGAAACCUUUGUUUUAACUGUUUCUGUUACUAUGAGGUGCACCUUGAUUUCUUUUACAAUAACCUUUGAACUUAUUUUAAGGCUUGUUGACCACAAUUUCUUUAUGGACUUCAAUAGUUCUGAAUAGGAUAGGAUUUUACUCAUUUUUUGACUUCUUUUAAUUUAAUAAUGACAUUAUUUCAUGUAACAGAAGGGAACCUGCAAGUUUAUUGCCACCGCCUAAGGGCAACAGUGACGAAGAGCUAAAUGACUACAAUAGGCAGCUUAAAAACAAUACCCCGGUUGCCAGUCGUCACCUUCUCCUUAUUCGCCAUGGACAGUAUUUUGAUAAUGCCACCAAUGACAAAGAUCGUUUUUUAACGUCCAUUGGUAUGAAAUUAUUACGCUAAAAAAAUUAAAUUAUUUUAAGCAUAUUUUUAAGUAUGCCUAAAAUUUGGUUAUAAUAAGUCUUUAUGUUUUUAAUUUCUUUAUAUUUUAUCCAAAAUUUAUUUUGAACUUAACAAAUAAAACAAAAAUUGAAAUCAUAACAUAUGAUUAUUUUUUUUAGGUCGUGCCCAAGCAGAGCUGACUGGACUGAGGUUGAAAGAAUUAGACUUGCCUUACACUGUUCUUAUAUCAUCCACAAUGACAAGAGCCAUUGAGACAGCAAAGUUAAUACAUAUGCAUCUGCCAGAACUGGAAUACAAACAAGGUUUUUAAAAAAUUAAUUUUAUUUCUAAUUUUCCAUUUAAUUUCCAUUUAGAUCUAGUUCUUUGUCAAAGAAAAAAUAUGUUGUCAAUCAUCAUUUUCCAUCUAGCCUUGCAUAUACAUCAAAUUUUGCAUGUCUAAUUUCCCUUCUGUUUUCUUUGAGUGAAAACUUUGUAAGCAAACUAGAAUCAGAAUUGAAAAUGACAGUAAAUUUGUUCUUUUAACUUUUGUAUGGUUGGGAGAUCAUGGGCUUCUGGAUACUGUUUUCCUGAGGUAGAAAAAAUUUGUUUUUGAAAAAAUGAAAUGAUUGUGUUUCAGAUGACAGUUUGCGAGAAGGUGCGCCUAUUCCCCCAGAGCCACCUUUAGGCAGUUGGCGACCAGAACAAAGGGUAAGUUUAUUUCAAGGAUACUGACUCAUAUCGAUCUCUACUUUUUCUCAAGCCAAAUUAUAAAAUUUCAGGAAAUAUGUGAAAUAAGGUAUGGGGAAAACCUGAAAAAAGGGCGAAAAAAAACCAACAAACUUUUCUGCAAGAAACUUUCUACUUUGUUUAAACAAAGAGUGACAAUAAUACAAAAAAUUAAAAUAAAUAGUAAGCUUAAAUGUAGUAUCAGAGAACACAGCAAGAGAUGCGUAAUAGACCAUUAGUAAGUAAGAGGGUUAAUAUAGGCCAUAGGGGAAGUAAGAGAGGAAAAGUAAGUCAACAGCGAUUGGCUGUAAAAAAGAAAAAGUUGAGAAACAGAAUUAAAAAAAAAAUCUAUUUUACUCUCCUCUCUGACCCUGAAACUCACAACAUUUUCUCAACCCCAACUCUCAUUGUGUUCAGAAGAUAUAAGAUAUCUAUGAAAUCUCCUUGUUCAUUGCCACCUCCGUGCUACUCCUUCCCACUUUGGGACCAAGCCAUGUGGAUGCACAACUUGCCCUUUUUUCAUCCAGAUUCAUCACAUUCUCUUCCUUAAGGAUAGUUUUCAGAUUAGGUAUUGUUUCCCUUUCACCAGCAGCAAUUUUAUCUAUGCCAUUGUUUAUACCCGCUGUCUGAGCAAGACCGGAAGGGAUCUCUCGGACAGAUGUACUGAGCACCUUUGAAAUAUGCAAGAUAAACAGUGUCCUAUCUCAAAAGCCAUCAAUAGAAGAGAUCAUAAGGGUUGCAGCAACUUGGCCAGCACUGCCAUCAUUUCCUGUACCAACACGCCCGCCAGGAUGAACUUAGAGAACAAACUGAUACACACUUAAACUUAAAGGAACUUGACACCACAUGGCAUAAAUGUCAGAUUCUCCUUCACUUGUUAAAUCUUUUAUCCACCCCUUCCUUUUUUUUUUUUUUUUUUUUCAUUUUUAGGGCCCACGAUCAAUUCAUUGAUCAUUAUGGCUCCUGGCUUGAAUUCAGAGUUAGCCUUCUCUUAGAUGAGUUGCCUUCCAAGGCUUACACGUCCCAUCCACCCGGGGUGCUUGGGAUAUUGGUGGGGAUUGAACUCCAGACCACCACUAUUUCAAUUUGGAGUGAUUCAGUUUAGAUCACUCGGCCACCCAGCACUUUUUACAACUGACUGCUGUUGACUUACUUUUCCUCUCUUUGGCCUACAUUAACUCUCUUAUCUACAAAUGGGCUAUUACAUUCCUCUUGAUGUCGUCUUGGAUAAUACAUUUCAGCUUAGAGUUUAUUUAAAUUUGUAUAUUUGUGUUACUCUUUGUUUCCCAAAGAAGGCUUCUUUCUGACACAUUCAUUAUUUAGUUACAUCCUUUUUUCAGAUUUCCAAUGCCCGGUACCUUGUUUUACGUAUUUCCCUCUACUUAACCAGAUUGCAGUCUCUCCCCAAUUAUGUUAUAACAUUUCAAUAACAAUUUUUUUAGCCUGUUUGGGCAUAUAAUAAAUAUCCAUGAUAUAAAUACAGGGCAGUGUUUAAAACACCUACAUUUAUUUAUAUAGGAUUGCAGAAUAUAUAUUUGUAGUUAUUUUUUCUCCUGGAUCUUCACUUGAACCGUGUUGUUGAAAUAAAAAAUAUUGCUAAUUUUGUGAUAUAAAAUUUUAUAAACAAAAUUCCUUUUAAGUCAAAUAAUUUGUUAUAAUUUCAAAUCUUAAAUUAUUUUUGACGGCAUUGCUACUUCUGUACUUAAAUUUAUAUUCCUGAGAAAUGAAAGUAAUUCAGUGUGCAUUUCAUUUUUAUUUCUAAAAUAUUUUUUCAAGCUGCUAAAUAUUAAUGAAAUAUAAAUCCAUCCAGAAAUGAGCAAGCUUUAAUAAAACUAUAACAUUAACAGCGAAAAAUAACUAGCAAUGUUCGAAUCUAUUUUUUGCACCUCGAACGCAUGUUAGAUAUAGACACGCCAUACUAAGGCACACUUAGCUUUAAGUGAAACUAGAUAAAAACUUCCGGGUUUAAAUUGAAACCAUGACAUUGUGAUAAAUCUCAGGGGAGGUGAAAUUAUGCUGCCAUUUUAAAAUGGAAAUGAAAGAGGUUUGUCACUAUGUGCCAUGAUGCAUUUUGACUCAGCUGUCAAAACACCAGAAAGGUGCAUUUAAUUGCAACCACCAAGAAUGAGUUAAUUUUUUAACUUAGAUUUUAAAAUUUAAUACUGUUGAUAUUAAUAUUAUCAAAAGCUUGUCUUGUGCAAGUCUUGAAAAAUCGUGAUGGGGAUAUAUAUUUUGUUUUGACAUGCAUCAGACUCAUGUGCUAAGAGCGUGCUAGUUUAGAUGAUGUUAUAAAUUUUACACAAUAAAAAAAUGUCCUUUGAUAUGGACUCGUAUGUGCUCUCUUCUAGCAGUUCUUUCAAGAUGGAGCUCGAAUAGAAAGUGCUUUUAGGAAAUAUUUCUUCCGUGCUGACCCAGCCCAAAAGGAUGACAGUUAUGAAAUUAUUGUGUGUCAUGCAAAUGUUAUACGGUAUUUUAUAUGCAGGUAAGUCUUGAGUUUGGAUUUUGAAUUCACUUACCAGUUGAUGUUAUCAUAAAUUGAUUGUUUUUUCAUUUAGUCUCAAUUAAAAAAAAACUUUUCCAAUUUUCUCAAAAUUAAAUGUUAUUUUUCCAUUUUAAGUUAAAUCAGCAUAGUGUUCUCCACGAGACUUUGGGAAUGGGUGCUCCAGCUUGAUCACUUUAAUUAUGAAUUAAAAUUGUGUACUUUCUGUCAUUUUAAACUGCUUUCACCUGGUUAUCCUGUGUGAUGCCAUCCAUCUUGGAGAACACUAGCUAGUUUUUAAUUAAUUUGUUUCCUAUUUAAAUCAUUUGUUACUUGGCGUAUACAAGGAUGCAAAGGACAUAAUGAGAAGAAAAAAAAAACAUUGGUUAAAAAAUUCAGUAUUUCAAAUUCCAAUAUUUCAGGGCACUUCAGUUCCCACCAGAUGCUUGGCUGCGCUUUUCUUUAGCUCAUGGAAGCAUUACUCACAUAUGCAUUCGACCAAGUGGUCGAGUCACAGUAAAGUCUGUGGGAGAUCAUGGGCAUAUGAAUGCUGAGAAUAUUACAUGCAACUAGUACUUUUAAAAAAAGCAUUUAAUUCUUAUGGUGCUCUGAUGACCUUUGAAGUGCCAGUGUUGUAUCACAUGUUUGAGUACAUCCAAUUUUUAAGUUCAUGUUUGAAUUUGUAUACAGUUGUUGCUUUUACUAUUUUGUUGAAUACAUACAUCAUCAUCAAUUUAUACUUCUAUGAUUGACAUUACUAAUUUAGAGAAACAAAAUUAAUAUGUAAAAUUUUAGUGUAAGUGCUGAUAAUUGUGAAUCUUGAUGUUGAAGGAUAUGGGACUUGUUUGUACUUUCUUAAAGAAAAUUUAUGUACAUUCUUAUACCACUUGUUUGACACAACGUUCAACUUUAUAAAAAUUGUUUGACACAAUGUGUGACCUUAUACAUGUUAGACAAAGUACAACUUUAUACCAGUUAUUUGACACAAUGUACAACUUUUUACUUAUUGUUUGAACCAAUGUACAACUUUAUACCAGUUGUUAGAGACAUAGUACAACUUCAUUUACCCAGUAGUUUGACACAAUGUACAACCUUAUACAUGUUGUCUGAGACCAACAGAAUUUUUUUUAAACUACUGGGUACUACUUCCAGUUCUAGUGUUUUGUAUACUUUUAAUUGUAACAUAAUUUGAGAAAGAAGAAAGAUGUGAGUUAAGUUUUCUUGCAGGUAUAUUGUAAAGCUUCAUGUCCAACACUUUUAUUUCUACCUGAGCUUGACUAAACUGUUUUAAGUUUAGUCUGUGAAGCAUUAUUAUUCAUUUUGUUAAGCAUUUUUUAUGGUCUUACCAAUGUAUGUAUUGUGCGAGAUGGAUUGUUUGUUCAAACAAAGCCAACAAUAAUUCUGAGCAAAUCUGAUACAAGUCGAUGAACCAGGAUAUUCACUUGAACUGUAUUUGUUCCCCAUAGAGCCCUGCAGUUCCCAGGGGAAGCAUGGCUUCGACUUUGUGUUGCCAACUGUAGCAUGAGUCUGAUCACCAUUCAGCCAGAUGGACUUGUUGUGCUGGAGAUGAUGGGGGACCAUGGACACAUUGACCCUGAACAAAUUUCAUUUCAUUAACUGUAAAUUAUAGUAGGUACCAAAUGUGUUGGGUUACAGAAAAAAACCUCUUUAUGUUCCCUAAAUUUUUUAGCCCCUGCCUACUUGGUGAUGGCCCCUAAAUUUAAGGAAUUCAUAGUGCAUCCACUUAAACUAGAAACAAAUAUUACAGUAUUUUUCAGGGUGAUGAACAACAGCAAGACCCAGCAUGGAAGAUAAAAAUCUGAGUAUUUUUUUUUCAAAUUGGACUCCUACUUCAAUUACAAUGUAAAGUUAGAAUGUAUGUCAUGUGUCAGCAUGAUGAAGACGACUGAUGGUGUAAUCUUAUGCCACCUGUGUUCAGUCUUCCUACUUACGUGCUGGAGGAUUUUUAAACUCAGGAUUUACCUCCUCUCCAAAAAUAGUUAACAACUAACAUUUCCAUUUCAUCCUCCUUCUUCUUCUAUAUAUUAAGAACGGCCCAUGAUCAAUGUAUGGAUCAUUUUUUGGGUGACCAAAUAAAAUUAUAAUUGCUACCUCUCGGAUUGUGAAGCAGACAAAAAAAACAAACAGUUAUUAAAAUAAACAACAUACUUUACAAACAUAAUUUAACGGUUUGGCUAUGUUUCUCAUUGUAAUGCAGUUCAACAUCUUUAAACAUUGAGACAUUUUUGUGCUGAACAAAAAAAUUAGCAAUGACUCUUGAGAAGUUCAUAAUUUAAAUAUUUAGUAUGUUGUUUAUUAUGUAAUUUGCUAAAACAGUAUCAGCUUCCAAAAGUAUAUUUUUGUCAUAGGUCAACUGAUAAACUUAUCUUGUAUUGUUCAAUAAAUAUGUUCUUUCUAAUGGAAAGCUCUGUUUUUGCACAGGUUACAAACUAGACAUCAGAAUCUGUGAUGACAAUCAUGUGUAACCGGCCACAAAUUGUUUGAAUACUGUAUGUAACAUCUUCCAUGUGAGACGGACUUGCCCACAUUGUACAUGGACCUUAGCAUUCCACAAGAGUUCUUAACAAUUUCUAUCAUUAUUUUCUUAAAUUGUCUUUUAUCUUCAAAUCUUUUGAGAUGGAUAUUUACAAUAAAACUAUAAUUUCAUCACGGUGGUUCAAAUAUUUCUAUAGUUCAGCCUUGUUCGCAAAACUGGAAAGGUGACUCCAUUUUUAAACUGUGCCUGAUUUUUUUUUUUUUUGGCAAUAUUUCUUUGCUUUAAAACUGCAAUGUUUUAAAAUAUGCUUGUUUUGAAAUCAAAUAAAUGUUAUUAUGCUUAAAUGGAAGCCAUUCUUUUCUUUGUUUUAUCAAGGUA